CAAGAAUGGGGUACAGGCCAGAUGCGCGGGAGGGUGAGAGGAUUCACCAGAGACAGUGGGGAAGAGAACAGGCAGACUGACUGAAAUACACUGCGUAGGGGAGCAGCGGGCGCUACAAGAGAGGUCUGGCUGCGCCAUGCGGGACCCUCGCCGGCUGGCUGGGAUUGAACCUAUGCUGCAGAGGCUGUGGACAGCUUCACAGCGCGGCACUCAACUGCCUGCGCCACCAGGGGAGGCCCUGAACCUAGUAUUUUAUGUAUGUUAUAAAAUGUACUGGGAAGUUGAAAUUUUAAAAAGGAUGAGAUUUAAAAAUACAAGUUGCAAUGAUUUUUCCUUUGGCCCCCUUCCUUGCCCAGGGUGGGGGGGGCAUCCAUUUGGACACAAAUGCUCUAGGUAGGCCAUUCUUCUGCAGAAGAGGCAGCCUGGGGACACCUGGAGGACAGUUGGUACAAGGUGUGGGGCUUUUAAGUUGGAGUGAUCUUUUGCAGCUCUUUAAUUUUAAAGAAACAUCCUUCUUUCCUGUGAAAGGCUGAAAGAGAGUGAAGGCCUUUAAGGAGGUGAGCUUAAAAGAGACAGAAAAUAAAAGCCUUAUUUGUUUCCUUCAUAGUUGACCAUAGGGAAAAGGCUGCCUACCCUGACAGCUCCUACUCCCACUAUGGAGAUGGCAGUGCCUUUUUCUGUUGUUGUUAGGCAGUUUAUAGAACGCAGGAUAGCUUGGUAAGCGUCUUCUCUGUGCCUGAUAUGACGUAACAUUGUGGAGUAUGCAGCAUGCAUGUUAAGUACAAGUGGUUGUAUUUGGCUUGUUGCUGCAGCAUUUUUGAGGCUGUCUUUUUAAAAAGCAAUUAUUACUCCAUAGAGUUGGAUAUGUGCAAAUUACUGAAAUCAUCAUUUCAUGGAGACCAAACUUUGUAACUUGCAUUAUUCUAUUUAGUAUUUGUUUACUCACCUUCCCCCUCAUGCCCACCCCCACCUCAAUACCUCAGAGCAGAAUUCCCUUUUUGAAAGGAACAGAUGCUGUUAAGUUAUCAGGACCUGAUACUAAAAAGCCUGCAAAAAUCUUUGUUCUGCUUAUUUUCUUUAUUUAAUCUAUAUGCAAAGCAUAUUGUAAUUAUUGCUGUUAGAGGGUUUUAAGUUGAUGGUUUCUCCCUACCCUUUUUUGUGCUCAGGGGAGAUGGAUUAGAAUGCUAAAUUGACAACUUGGUAUAAAGAAAUAAUGACCAUUGAAAUAAAACAGGAGUUCAAACAAAAAGCAAACCAGAUACAAAUGUAGAAUGAAAAUAUCUUUUAGUAAAAUGUUAGCAUGCUGUACUUGGAACAGAUGCCACAUUAAUUCAAAAGAGAGCCCAGAAAAUGUGGCAACUUUACGAUGUCAAUGGAGGGAGCUGCAUUAGUUCCUGUUUUCAUUGUGUCAAGUUUUCUCAGUACCUCCAGGUCCCGUCCUAGUCUUCUGAAUCUGUAUAUAUUUCAGGUUAAUAUACAAGAAUUAAAUCCAUGCUUAAUAUUUUAUGUAAUUAAGUACAUUGUCAUACUAGUGGAUAUUAGGAUUAAAAGCCCAAUAACUUGAAAUGCAGAAGUAGUGAGUCUUCUUUUAAGUGUGUUUAUCAGGAUGUGUGAAUCAGAGGCAAAAAAUUUGACUUUUCUCUGUACCCUUCAAUGCACAUUUAUGAGUCUUUCAAAGAGGCCAAGUGCUUUUGAAUGUAGAAUUUGGAUAAGUUACAAAACUAUGAGAAUUUUGCAUUUUUUUCUCAUUUAAAUUUAUAGUUAUCAUUGGACAUUUGUUAUGAUUUUUAAGUAGCUUAGAUUCAUUCAUUCCUUUUGCACUGUUUUUAUGGUGUUUUGGAAGAAAGAGUGAUGGAAAGGUAUGCCACACACUUGGAUAUUUCCAGAGUGACAUUCGUUUUAUGGAAGAUUGCAUGGGGACAUCUCAGAAUUGUUUCUUGCAGUGCAUGGUUCAUGUGGGUCUGAGUGUGGAGAGAGAUGGGGGCUCUUAAUCAGAUUUACAGUGUGCCACUUCCUGAGCAGCAUAAUAUCUAAUCGUCAGGGGCAUAUGCCUGUAAAGUAGUCUGGUGCACAUGCUUAGAAAAACACUACUAGUUUUCUUGUUGAAGCAUGAAGUCUUGAAUUCAGUAAUUCUGUUGAAAAGGGUAAAAGUUUUGUCUUACGCAGUUCAGAUGAAGAGAUAUUUUCAGCAUAUGGCAAGAGAGCACAGGGAUUAUGAUUAUUGGCAUAGGAGAUGGGGCCCGUUUGCAUUGGUCAAAUCCUGGCUUUACCUUGAAUUAGCUUUGUGAUCAUGGUCAAUCCUUUCACUUUCUAGGCCUCUGCCUCAGUUGCUUUCUCUGUCAACUAUGAAUAACUAAUGGUAUCCAUCUUCUGAGAAUGUUUCAAGGAUUAAAUGAAUGAAAGUGUAAAUUAUGUGCCUGGCAUAUAAUAAGCACUAACUAAAUGGUAGCUUAUUAUUACACAUUAUUACUUAACCUGAAUUCUUAACUCCUUUCUUCUGAAGGCCUGAAACAAAUGUUGCAUAGUGGAAAAAGAGCCUAAACGUUGGGGUCUGACCCUUGGAUUGGAAUAUCUCAAUACAACCUCUUCAAGUUGAAGAGCAAGAGAACUGAAGGAGAGCCAGUUCCCCCAAAAUUGGACUUCUCAGAACCUUUAAUAUGCUAAUGUGCAUUGUGAAUCUCCAAGAGGGGGAUAUGAUAUGCAGCAUUCUUGAAUCCUUCUAAUGACAGGGAGCUCACUACCUCAUAAGCUGCUGUGAGAAGAAGAAUUUGUUAUUUUAAACGGAGGCUGAAGAAACUAUAGAAUUAGCAAACAUAAGAGAAAGUGGAGAAGGUAGAGGAUGGAGUUGCAGACUCUACAGGAGGCACUUAAAGUGGAAAUUCAGGUUCACCAGAAACUGGUUGCUCAAAUGAAGCAGGAUCCACAGAUAUUUUUUCUUUCCAAUCAGAAUGCUGAUUUAAAGAAACAGCUUCAUGAACUCCAAGCCAAAAUCACAGCUUUGAGUGAGAAACAGAAAAGAGUAGUCGAACAGCUACGGAAAAACCUGAUAGUAAAGCAAGAGCAACCAGACAAGUUCCAAAUACAGCCAUUGCCACAAUCUGAAAACAAACUACAAACAGCACAGCAGCAACCACUACAGCAGCUACAGCAACAACAGCAGUACCACCACCACCACACCCAGUCGGCUGCACCUUCUCCCAACCUGACCGCUUCACAGAAGACUGUAACUACAGCUUCUAUGAUUACCACAAAGACACUACCUCUCGUCUUGAAAGCAGCAACUGCGACCAUGCCUGCCUCUGUUGUGGGCCAGAGACCUACUAUUGCUAUGGUGACCGCCAUCAACAGUCAGAAAGCUGUGCUCAGCACUGAUGUGCAGAACACACCAGUCAACCUCCAGACGUCUAGUAAGGUCACUGGGCCUGGGGCAGAGGCUGUCCAAAUUGUGGCAAAAAACACAGUCACUCUGCAGGUUCAGGCAACACCUCCUCAGCCCAUCAAAGUACCACAAUUUAUCCCCCCUCCUAGACUCACUCCACGUCCAAACUUUCUUCCACAGGUUCGACCCAAGCCUGUGGCCCAGAAUAACAUUCCUAUUGCCCCAGCACCUCCUCCCAUGCUUGCAGCUCCUCAGCUUAUCCAGAGACCCGUCAUGCUGACCAAGUUCACCCCCACGACCCUCCCUACCUCCCAGAAUUCCAUCCACCCAGUCCGUGUUGUCAAUGGGCAGACUGCAACCAUAGCCAAAACGUUCCCCAUGGCCCAGCUCACCAGCAUUGUGAUAGCUACUCCAGGGACCAGACUCGCUGGACCUCAAACUGUACAGCUUAGCAAGCCAAGUCUUGAAAAACAGACAAUUAAAUCCCAUACAGAAGCAGAUGAGAAACAAACGGAGAGUCGCACCAUCACUCCACCUGCUGCACCAAAACCAAAACGGGAGGAAAACCCCCAGAAACUUGCCUUCAUGGUGUCUCUAGGGUUGGUAACACAUGAUCAUCUAGAAGAAAUCCAAAGCAAGAGGCAAGAGCGAAAAAGAAGAACAACGGCAAAUCCUGUCUACAGUGGAGCAGUCUUUGAGCCAGAGCGUAAGAAGAGUGCAGUCACAUACCUGAAUAGUACAAUGCAUCCUGGGACCCGGAAGAGAGGUCGUCCUCCAAAAUACAAUGCAGUGCUGGGGUUUGGAGCCCUUACCCCAACAUCCCCCCCAUCCAGUCAUCCUGACUCCCCUGAAAAUGAAAAGACAGAGACCACAUUCACUUUCCCUGCACCUGUUCAGCCUGUGUCCCUGCCCAGCCCCACCUCCACAGACGGUGAUAUCCAUGAGGAUUUUUGCAGUGUAUGCAGAAAAAGCGGCCAGUUGCUGAUGUGUGACACAUGUUCCCGUGUGUAUCAUCUGGACUGCUUAGACCCUCCUCUGAAAACAAUUCCUAAGGGCAUGUGGAUCUGUCCCAGAUGUCAGGACCAGAUGCUCAAGAAAGAAGAAGCAAUUCCCUGGCCUGGAACUUUAGCAAUUGUUCAUUCCUAUAUUGCCUACAAAGCAGCAAAAGAAGAAGAGAAACAGAAGUUACUUAAAUGGAGUUCAGAUUUAAAACAAGAACGAGAACAACUAGAGCAGAAGGUGAAACAGCUCAGCAAUUCUAUAAGUAAAUGCAUGGAAAUGAAGAACACCAUCCUGGCCCGGCAGAAGGAGAUGCACAGCUCCCUGGAGAAGGUAAAACAGCUGAUCCGCCUCAUCCACGGCAUCGACCUCUCCAAACCUGUAGACUCUGAGGCCACUGUGGGGGCCAUCUCCAAUGGCCCGGACUGUACGCCCCCUGCCAAUGCCACCACCUCCACGCCGGCCCCCUCCCCCUCCUCCCAGAGCUGCACAGCGAACUGUAACCAGGGGGAAGAGACUAAAUAACAGAGCCCCGCUAGGAGAAGCCACGGGAUCCCGGCGGCAAAGAGAGCAAAACACUGAAGACUCUAGAAAAGCAAAGCCGGAUUUCUUCUGGAAAGUACAGAAUUCUUUUGGUUCUUUGGUUCCAGAGAGAGAGAAGAUGCUUGUGCCAGGUGGCACCAGAGCUUGCCAAUUGAUCCUUCUUAUUCUGUGUGUACAUGCAAAGAUUGGACCAUGUUACAUGAAAUAGUGCCAGCUGGAGGUUCUUUGCCAGCACCAUGCCAAGUGAAAUAAUAUAUUUACUCUCUCUAUUAUACACCAGUGUGUGCCUGCAGCAGCCUCCACAGCCACGAUGGGUUUGUUUUUGUUUUGUUGGGUGGGGAGCAGGGACGGGCGGAGGGAGGAGAGCAGGUUUCAGAUCCUUAUUUGCCGAGCAGUUUGUUUAGGUAGAGAAGACAAGUCCAAAGAGUAUGUGGGCUUUCCUGUUUCUAAACUUUCACUACUAUAAAACCAAAAAAAAAGGAAAUUGAGAUUUAAGCAACCCCAGUGCCCAGAGGCGGGAUGGGGAGGGGA